CAACUUUUAUGAAUUCGCCUUAAAACAGCCUCAACCAAAUGUCACUUAUUGAAUUUAGUUUGAGAUUGUGCAUAAUAAACGAUUUAAGUAUUUUGUGAAAGUGUUUACAUCUUAAAAGUAAACAAGUUAUUGAUAAUCGGCAAAGUGAAAAUAUGAGUAGAUAAAGCACAACUGUAUACGGCACUAUAAUAAUCUCCCUUAUUGUAAAUAUCGGAUGCGUAAUUCGACACGACCGCGACCUUCAAUCAAGAUUUGCAUUUAAUUGAUAAGAGAACAAAGCAAAUAAAUAAGUUCUUUGGUACAUGUUUCGCUCUUGCAGUUGCAGUUGGAAUAGUAUAUCACCUAAAUUAAUUAAUGAACUUGUUUACAAGAAUACACGACUGAAUUAAAAUUUUCAAAGAUUAUAAAAUAAUGAAGCUAUUUCUCAGUUGGACCUCAUUGUUUCUUGUUAUAAUGGCCCUGUCUCACACAACGUCCCUCUUUAGUACAAAGAAACUAUUAUCUCCAGUUAUCUUUAUUCCGGGCGACGGCGGUAGUCAAUUAGAAGCCAAACUUAAUAAAUCUGAUGCACCGGUCUAUUGCUGGAAAAAGUCGGAUUGGUAUAGCCUUUGGUUGAACUUGGAACUGUUGGUUAUACCUUCAGUUUAUUGCUGGAUCGAAAAUGUGAAACUAUAUUAUGACAAAAAUACACGAACUACGCACAACUCACAAGGUGUAGAUGUAAGAGUUCCUGGAUGGGGAGACCCUGAGGUGGUGGAAUGGAUAGAUCCGACGCACAAUAAAGCAGGGGCAUACUUUAAGGAUAUAUCCAAUGUACUUGUGGAUUUGGGGUAUGAACGAAAAAAGAAUAUACAUGGAGCCCCGUAUGAUUUUCGUAAAGGUCCAAGCGAACAAAGCCAAUAUUUUAUUGAUUUGAAAAAGCUAAUUGAAGAUACAUAUGAACGUAACUCAAAAUCGCCCGUAACCUUUAUAACGCACAGCAUGGGCAGUCCAAUGACAUUAGUGUUCCUCCAUCAACAGACAACGGAAUGGCGAAGGAAAUAUGUUAAAAGGCAAAUAAGUCUAGCCGGAGCUUGGGCGGGUAGUAUGAAGGCCGUCAAGGUGUUUGCAAUGGGUGACGAUUUGGACUCAUUUUUCCUCAGCGCUAAAAUUCUAAAACAAGAACAAAUUACUAAUCCUUCUACCGCAUGGUUGCUACCUUCUCCGCUCUUUUGGCGCCCGAAUGAAGUCUUAGUGGAAACCCCAUCGCGUGUCUACACAAUGUCACAGUUGAAACAGUUCUUCAAUGAUAUUGAUUACAAUAUUGGUUGGGAUAUGCGAGAAGACAAUAUACAAUUCACAUUGAAUUUCAGUCCGCCAGGCGUGGAACUACACUGUCUUUAUGGUGAUGGCUUGGACACUGUCGAGCGUUUGCAAUAUAAAAAGGAUACAAUUGCUGACGAAACUCCCAAGUUGAUCAUGGGAAAAGGUGAUGGCACCGUAAAUCAACGUUCAUUGCGCGCAUGUCACGCUUGGAUCGGACGACAAAGCGCCCAUAUUACCAACGUGGCUCUGAAUGGAGUGGAUCAUAUGGGUAUACUUGUGCACCAAGACGUUUUGAAUUAUAUAAAAAGUGUAAUGCCGACAUAAAUUGUAAAUCAUAUUAAGUUAUUUACUUAGUUUUUACUGCUCCUUUUUUAUAUAUUAUAUAUACCUAGUCGAAAAUGUUUACUCAAGGCUAAAAUUUGGACGCGCUUUCCUGAAACCUCGUUUAAUGAUGUUAAGAAAUUGUUAUGGGAAAUGUUGUGUUAAAAUGCAUGGAGUGUGCGAAGAUAGGACAAAUUAAACAAUAUAACGGUGUGUUACAAUUAAAGCAAACACAAUUUUGUUCGAAAGUACUUACUUUUCAAAGUUAUACUCGUACCUAAAACAGCGAUUCGAAUUUUAAAACUACUAUUACUACUUCUUUUUGUGAAGAGAUGCGUCUUUGAUUCAAUUUCAGGGAUGCCUUGUAAGAAAAUGCCUGCAUGUGACGCAAAGAUUACGUACUUCUCAAGAUUAGGGUUGUACUACGGCUAUGUGCUUAAAAAUACUGCAAGCCAUUCUAGAUUUUAUCUUUACGUGCAAGAUCUUCAUUCAUUGACUAUUUCAUGCACCAAAUAUUUGAAUCUGAAUGAUGGCAAUACUUCUUGCCAUAGGGAUGAUUGCUUAAUUUUUUAUUAAUGAACUGAAUCAAACUGUUCUGCCUUUGCCAUUUAAAAGUUUUGUCAGUUGUGUUAUUUAUUAAGGAACAAAGUAUAAUGAAUUAGGGACGAAAGAGAAGUUCGAAGAAAUUGAAACAUUGAAAUAGAAUAUGAAUCAGAGUUUAAGAAAUAAAAGGGUACAAAUAACUUUUGACACGAAUAGAAAUUAAAAUUUAGAUUUUUAUUCAGAAGUGCACCGUUAUUAAUUCAUGUUUCUUCUCUAUAGGAUUUUCAGUCUUACAGACUGAAUUAUAUAUAAAAUUUUAGUAUUGGUAUUACCAGUCACUAAAUAAUAAUAAUAAUAAAAAUAUAUAUUAAAUGCAAAUUAAGACUAAUGAAUAUUCAAUGUUAAUACUAUUUGAGAAGAUACCAAAUUCUUUAAGUGCUCUAAAGAUUGGCGCUAAUGUUAAAUAACAACGCUGCUUUAACAACGUUUACAUAAAAAGCAGUUUGAGAACGUACGGCUCAGUUUGCAACGCUGUUUGAAAAAUCAUUCCCGCUUUCUGACUUAACACUACAGGGCUUUUGGUUUUUCGUAAGUCAUCUUCGCACAAUCCAAGCAUUUCAAAAACAAAACCAUUUUUUAUAAAAUCUUUUAAUGCAUAGCUAAGAAGCGAAGUCGUUUCAGACAUAGUGUAAUAAUAUAAACUGUGCCAGCCAGUUUGAUGUACGCACAUUUGAAAUUACCUUAUUUUUGUUUUUGAAAAUAUUUUUUGAAGAAUGAGCCACAAUGAAAAAAAAUUACUGUAAAACAGCCAAGUCUGCGUACUGAAAACGAAUGCCAUUACUACCGGGCACGCUUUAUAUCAUUACCUAUGGCUUCAGAAAAAAUUAAAAAAAUUGAAUUUGUGUAUAUAUUGGCUACGCCUGUAUAUCGAAUGCACAUCACUACUUACAUAUGUAAAUGACGUAGUUUUUAAUUGAAUGGAACAAUUAUUAAAUCGGGUUUUUUUACUUUGAGAAAUAGUCUGAAGCGUACAACGGUGUAAAUGUUCAUACAAAAUUGUACGACUUGAAAUGUUAUGUAAAUAUUUAUAUGUAGAUAUGAUUAUUUGUACUUCGGUGUAUUAAUAAAAGUAUAGUCCUAUCGCA